UGCGUGUCGCGCGAGCGGUCGCAGUUGGUCGCGCGCGGGCGGGCGAGCCUUCGCUCUCUUGCGCGAGGAGCAGCUCAGUAUUGGUAUAAUUGUUGCUUUGAAUUAUCGCAAGCAACCACUCGACUGGUUCCACCACUCGCACCACAACCACCGCUCGCGACCACACAGGCGCGGCUGUGCCCCAUGCAGCCCGACGUCAUAAGUGCGUCCGCGCGCCACCAAACACUUCAUAUUAUGCAUUGGGGCUCCAUACAGUAGCGACUCUAUACGUGACACUACACUUACCGUGAACGCAAAACACCUAAGUGCUUGAGCCUCUAUUGUCCCAAAGCCCCGAACCCCAGCCGAGAUGUCUGCCUUCACUGCGCGCCCUGAGGCGCUGGCCUCCAAGGCCGGCCGCCGCACUUUCGCCCGCAACACUGAGGCCCUUCGCUCGCAGCUGCUGGGCCUGCCCAAGCGCUCCAGCCGCGUGACCGCCAAGUACUCGCCCAAGCAGCUCAGCGAGAACCUGGCCUCUGAGCUGGUGGCCAAGCUGCCCAAGGCGGCCCUGGCCUCCCUGCUGUCCCUGUCCACCGCGGGCGUGGCCACUGCUGCCGACUACUUUGCGCCCCCCACCGACGCCAACACCACGACCACCACCGCGACAACCCAGGCCCCCGCCUCCAUGAACUUCGCCUCCUCCGCGCCCCUGGCUGCACCCGAGGUUCGCUCCGAGUACACCCUGCCUGAGGGCAACCAGUGGCGCUACUCCGAGUUCGUGAACGCGGUCGAGGCCGGCAAGGUGGAGCGCGUGCGCUUCUCCAAGGACGGCUCCCAGCUGCAGCUGACCGCCGUGGACGGCCGCCGCGCCACCGUGGUCCUGCCCAACGAUCCCGACCUGGUUGACAUCCUCGCCAAGAACGGCGUGGACAUCAGCGUCAGCGAGGGCGACCAGCAGGGCAACUACGUCGCCCUGCUCGGCAACAUCCUGUUCCCCCUGAUCGCCUUCGGCGGCCUGUUCUUCCUGUUCCGCCGCAGCCAGAACGGCGGUGGCGGUGCCGGCCCCAUGGGCGGCAUGGGCGGCGCCAUGGACUUCGGCCGCUCCAAGUCUAAGUUCCAGGAGGUGCCCGAGACUGGCGUGGUGUUCGAUGACGUGGCGGGCUGCGACGGUGCUAAGCUGGAGCUGCAGGAGGUUGUCGACUUCCUGAAGAACCCCGACAAGUACACCGCCCUGGGCGCCAAGAUCCCCAAGGGCUGCCUGCUGGUCGGUCCCCCCGGUACCGGUAAGACCCUGCUGGCCAAGGCCGUGGCCGGUGAGGCCGGCACCCCCUUCUUCUCCUGCGCCGCCUCCGAGUUCGUGGAGGUGUUCGUGGGCGUGGGUGCCUCGCGUGUGCGCGACCUGUUCGAGAAGGCCAAGUCCAAGGCGCCCUGCAUCAUCUUCAUUGAUGAGAUCGACGCCGUGGGCCGCCAGCGCGGCGCUGGCAUGGGCGGCGGCAACGACGAGCGCGAGCAGACCAUCAACCAGCUGCUGACGGAGAUGGACGGCUUCGAGGGCAACACCGGCGUCAUCGUGCUGGCCGCUACCAACAGGCCCGACGUGCUGGACCAGGCGCUGCUGCGCCCCGGCCGCUUCGACCGCCAGGUGACGGUGGACCGCCCCGACGUGCAGGGCCGCGUGUCCAUCCUCAAGGUGCACUCGCGCGGCAAGGCGCUGGGCAAGGACGUGGACCUGGAGAAGAUCGCGCGCCGCACGCCCGGCUUCACCGGUGCUGACCUGCAGAACCUGAUGAACGAGGCCGCCAUCCUGGCCGCCCGCCGCAACCUGAAGGAGAUCUCCAAGGAGGAGAUUGCUGACGCCCUGGAGCGCAUCAUUGCCGGCCCCGAGAAGAAGGGCGCCGUCAUGAGCGACAAGAAGCGCCGCCUGGUCGCCUACCACGAGGCCGGCCACGCGCUGGUUGGUGCGCUCAUGCCCGAGUACGACCCCGUGACCAAGAUCUCGAUUGUGCCCCGCGGCGCCGCCGGCGGCCUGACCUUCUUCGCGCCCAGCGAGGAGCGCCUGGAGUCCGGGCUCUACUCGCGCACCUACCUGGAGAACCAGAUGGCGGUGGCCCUGGGCGGCCGCAUCGCGGAGGAGCUCAUCUUCGGCGAGGACGACAUCACCACCGGCGCCUCUGGCGACUUCCAGCAGGUGACCCGCAUCGCCCGCCUCAUGGUGACGCAGCUGGGCCUCUCCAAGAAGCUGGGCCAGGUUGCCUGGAGCAACCAGGGCGGCGCCAGCUUCCUGGGCGCGUCGGCGGCGCAGCCGGCCGACUUCUCCCAGUCGACUGCCGACGAGAUUGACUCCGAGGUGAAGGAGCUGGUGGAGCGCGCCUACCGCCGCGCCAAGGACCUGGUGGAGCAGAACAUUGACAUCCUGCACAAGGUGGCGGCGGUGCUGAUCGAGAAGGAGAACAUCGAUGGCGACGAGUUCCAGCAGAUUGUGCUGGCCAGCCAGGCGCAGCAGUACACGAAGAAGGACGCUCCCGGCGUGUCCAUCCCCUACCAGGCCGCCUAAGCGUGCACCUGGUUUCUCGCAGUAAGGGUGUGAAAGGAGCUGGAAAGUGGACGUGCUGGCAGGCUGAAAAGCUGGUGCUGGAAGCAGCGAUGGAGCAAGGGGGUGCGGGCAGCAGCGGUAGCAGCAGUGUGCGUGCCUGAUCUGUCUUUCAAACUAUAUGAUGAUGAUGCACAGUCGCAGCUCAGGGUGUGGCGUGGCGUGCUCCCCGCCCCCUCAUAUCAUAUUUGUUGUAUUGUGGCGAAGGAUGCCUUGGGGGCGGCUGCGUCGCAGUGGGUGCGCGGGGCUGCGGCACAAGCGCUGUACGUCCUGGCGGCUCCGGCUUCGCAAUUAAACAAGGCAUCGCAAUCUUCGCGUUUGUGUACUAUUGUGUUGGUGGUGUGUCUGGUGGCAGUUUUGAUUGAGAGAACAAAAGAGCUGAGUGUGUGUGCGAGCUCGCGCUGUACAGCUAUAUGCCGGGCCCGAGGGGCCUGAUGCGACAGCAGAAAUGACCCAUGGUGGUGGUGACACAUGCUGAUGGUUAGGUAGGCGGGAGUGAUAUCCCACAGAUAGACAUACGACUUGACGCAAUGAGAGUGUGGCGUGGAAGUGGAAUGACACUUCGGACCUAAGAAGAGAUACCGCCAUGCGCGGGCAGGAAAGACUCCAGGCGCAUACAAAAGGGAGUAUGCAAACCCAACACAAGAGCGUACCCGGCACGCGGGCAAUGUAACCCGUGAUUCAUGCGGAGCAAUCGAACUCACAUCCGGCUCGUCGGUGCAACGAAGAACACGGCACUGGAGCGUCCAGCUAACUGCCGGGUUGAGCACUUGAGCACUCAGUUCCCCUGGCCCGAUUAGUCUUCAGUGAAGUGCAGGGCUCCUUCCCACGCCGGACCACGGGUCAAGCAUGUGUACGGCCUUUCGGGCCUUUCGCACGAUCGACUGGGACAGGCAUUCUGGGCAUUCCGAAACUGCCUAUCAGGUCCCAUUUGCCAUGGCUACAAAGGAGCCUGUAUAAAAAGUGUGUCUGCCAGUAUCUGACCGCGCGUUGAGGCGAGGGCGGGGGCGAAGCUGGUCGCAAACGUGGGUCAAGGUGUCAGGUUUGCACAGCUGGACAAUGGGGUGAGCCCCGCAGCAUCAGGGAAGGCUGACUGCAAGUCGGUACACGGGCGAUGGCCCCUCGCCUAACCUCAUGGAGCUUAGGGGCUAGCAUGGCCCUGGUGCAGGGGUCGUAUCUUGUUUUUGGGGUAAUGUCUAGCUCCAGACAAAAACGGCCGGGUGGCCGCCGUCUUUUGUCUGGGCACCUGGCGGUUUGGGGACUUCUCGGAAUUCGGACAAAACCCGUCCCAAACC